AUGCAUCGAUGUUUUUCCGAAAUCUCUAUGGUAGAUUAGUGUGAACAUUUUUAAUUACAUUGACGGAAAGCUUUAAAAAGAGUCAGUAAUUAGAAAUUUAAGCUUUAACCUACAAAAUGGCUAUAGUGUAUGAGACUGUGGAGAAUUGGGGCUUGAAGAAAUGUGGGGAGAUUUCGACUUUGCUAGCCGUAGGGAAAGAGGAGUUUUUUCUCAGUUGUGAAUUUUGUGACUAUACUGCUAUACAAUUGGAUAGAUUCAUACGCCACAUGUGCGGAAACCAUUUGGCUGAAUUUACUAAAGCAAAGUCAAGACAAAAGUCACCGGAACUCCCAGUUGAAUUACGAGCCGAGGAGGUCGGUAAUCAGUGGGAAAACAGUAAUCAGGAUAGCGUUGACAAGGAUUAUGCUCUAAGGGGAUUUGAAAGGGUUGAAAUAGAGUUGGACACAAUGGAUGUAGAAGGUUCCUUGGAGAUGAAAGAAGAAGAUAUAUCAGAUGAAUUUUUAAGCGAAACUGAGAAUGAAGAAACAUUUGAAAACAUUAAUAAGCGUGGAAGCAUUUCCCUGCCACCCCUUAAGUCUGGUCAAUUCGAUAAAGACAAAAAGAUUAUGACAAAGUAUUAUCCAAACGAUGAAGAAAAACAAUUUAUUAUUGAGUUUAUUGAACUAUAUCGCUCCUUACCGUCGUUAUGGGACUUCAAACAUUAUGAUUAUAGCAAUCGCAAUUCAAGAGCAAUACAGUAUGACAUUAUGCUUGCAAAAUAUAAGGAAAAAUAUCCAAAAGCUGACAGAAAAGAAGUUAUGAAAAAGAUUAAUAGCCUUCGAUCAAACUAUCGACGAGAAUUAAAACGCAUAACUCCAAAUGCAACGCCCUCUCUGUAUUAUUUCGAGGCUAUGGAUUUCUUGCGCAAUAAUGAUCAGGGUGAAGAAUCACAAAACCUAAUUAACGACUUCGAGGAAUCUAAGUCCACCUUUGGAGUUGAUAAACACGAUGCCAAAAUGGAGGUUUUCGACACCACCACUAAAAGUGAUAGUUUCAACAUUUCAGAAGAUACAUUCCAAGAAAAAGAAAUUGGGGUUCAAGAAAAUGCCAAUGUCCAGGAGGAAGACGAAAACUUCGAAACGGUUGCAGAUGAGAAGAAAUUCAUUAUUGAGUUUAUUGAAUUGUAUCAGUCCUUACCGGCACUAUGGGACGUAAAAAGCAAAGAUUACAAAGAUCGAGAAUUGAAAGACAUUCAAUACCAAAUUUUGCUUGCAAAAUAUAAAGAAAGAUAUCCCGAUGCCGACAGAUACGAGAUGCGGAAAAAGAUUAAUACCCUCCGUUCCAGUUUUCGUCGACAGGCAAAACGACCAUAUCCACCAAAUCUGUAUUACUAUAAUUCAUUGAGUUUCCUCCUUAAUAUUGACGAGUCACUACAGAAUGAUUUUGAAGAUAAUACGCAGCACUCUUUUAAGACAGAAGAUGAUGCUGGGCCAUCAGACGAAAUUUGUAAAUCUGAAAGCGAAUCUGAAAUGGACGAUGAAGAAUAUGACUAUAUUGGGGAUACUGAACAAAAAAGAUCCGAAAGAAAAUUUGUAAUUGAGUUAAUUAAGGUCUACCAAUCUUUGCCACCACUCUGGGAUAUAACCAACAAGGAUUAUCAUAAUCGCGCAGUAAAAAAUAAAAAAUACGAUAUAUUACUCGCGAAAUAUAGGGAAAGGUAUCCAGAUGCUGAUCGAGACGAUGUUAAGAGAAGGAUAAAUAGCCUUCGGUCAAACUUCCGCAGAGAAUCAAAACGAGAAACAACAAACCUAUUUUAUUACGAUGCAAUGAGUUUUCUACUAAGCAAUUAUGAGCAUUCCUUAGAGGAAGAAUUAGAAGAAACUGUGAAGUCUGAAAAUAAUUCAGAAUUUGAGGAAACAGAGCAGUACACGUAUAUGGACACAGAAGAAGACAGCAUACCAACAAGUAGUAAAGGAGCGCAACAAGAUUUCAGCAGCAAAAACGAAAGAGAUUUCACACUUGAAUUUAUUGGAGUGUAUCGCUCGCUGCCGGCACUGUGGAAUGUAAAAUGUAAAGAUUAUCACGAUCGGAAUGUAAAGAAAAAGCAAUAUGAAAUUUUGCUUCAGAAAUUCCAAGAAAGGUAUCCGGAUGGUGAAAUUAAAGACGUAAAAAAAAAGAUUAAUGGCAUUCGAUGCAACUAUCUAAGAGAAUGUAAACGAAUAUCGCCAAAUGGCGUAACUACUUUAUAUUACUUUGAUGCAAUGAAUUUUCUUCGUGGCAGUGAACCGUCAAACCCAACAAACGAGUCUGAUGAAACAGAGGAAGCAGUGGACCACAACAAAAAAAUAUCCUCAAAACCACAAAACCUGCUUUGUGAUGCCCAAUUUAUUGAAUUCGCUAAGAUAUACAAGACACAUCCAUGCCUCUGGAAUGAAAAUGAGAUAACUUAUAGAUUCCCUAAUAGGCGUCGAGAAGCACUGGAGAAUAUACUUCACGAGAUGAAUGCAAAAUUUGAAUUAAACUUAACUAAUCAUGAUUUGGAGAAGGAAAUAACUCGACUGCGCAAAAUAUGCUCUUACGAAAAGAAUCAGAAAAUAGAAUGUAAGCAAAACAAAAGUAUUUAUGAACCAACAUGCCGCUUUUAUGAGCACUUGGCAUUUGCUGAGAUCGAUGUUCGUCCUUUUGAAUGUCCGGUUUGUGGAAAUUUACUUCCUAGUCAAAGCCAGUACAAAAAACAUGUCGCAUCCCAUGAUGGGUCACUACCAUAUAAAUGUAUUGUUUGUGGACAUGGUUUUCUGCUGUUAAAUAAUUUUACGGUACAUUUACGUAGGCACGCACAAGACUAUAACUACAGCUGUGAGGUGUGCAGCAGGCCUAUUGCAACCACAAGUGAGUUAAAAUGCCAUAUGCUUACCCACACUGGCGAAAAACCGUAUGUUUGUGAUAUUUGCGGCAAGAGUUCUCGAUUGCUUAACGAAUUUAAAGAGCAUUUGCUUCGACACGAACAACGCCGUAUUCACAAGUGUUCAAUUUGUCCAAAGGCUUUUUAUAACAGAGGUAAGCUAAAAGACCAUAUGGCCGCCGUUCAUGUGAAGGUGCGAAACAAAAUAUGCAAUGUAUGCAAUAAAGGAUUUACGACUCAGAAACAACUUCGUCAACACGAACACAUUCAUGAUGCAGAAAGAAAAUACGUAUGCAAGAUUUGUGGGAAACGUUUCUCACAAGCCGCAGGACUAAGUGGACAUGUAAAAUCGCAUGGAACAUCGUUAUCCGCUUUGAGUACUAAUUUUGAAUAAUUUUAUAAAUUUUUUUCGUGCUUUACUUAAAAACUUUUUUUCCUAUCAAAUACAUACAA